CCAAAAUUAACACUGCCAUUCCUUGCUUACUGCAUUGAAGAAUAUUCCUCAUCGAAUCGUUUAUCAUUGAUGAAUGUUUGUUCAAAAAUGACUCCUGUUGAUUGGAAUCUACAAUGGAUUCAAUUGAUUGAAGAUGAUGAUGAUGAUAAUUUUAUUGAUCAAACAUUACAUCGAAUUAUUGAACCACUUGUUAUUGUUGAAAUGUUAACAACCACCAAUGAUGAUAAUCAAAGUGAUGAUCAAACUAAUAUCGUCCAACAUUUAACAAAUUUUGCUGAACUUUCGAAUGAAAUUAUAUAUGAAUUAUUAUUUACAUUGAAUAUUGCACUACAUAAAUUACCCGAAAUGAAGAAUGAUUCAACCAAAUCAUACGUCCAACAUGUAAUGAAAUUAUUAAGUAAAAGUAAUUUUAGUCAAUAUUAUCUACAGAAACGAACAUUUCCAACCAUUACCGAUUCAAUGCAAUAUCGAAUUACAUUUCUUAUAGCAAAUUUAUUGCAAUUAUUUAUCGAACGAUUAAUAAAUGAUGAUUCAUCAUUUGGUAUUGAUGAAUUUCAAAUGUGUAUUUCCCUUUAUAAACAUUGGUGUCAAUUAAUAUUUGCCAUACCGGAUGAUCAAAUUCAAUUGGAUACGGCCAUUUUAUGUAGUAAAAUAUUUCAAUCAUUAUCGAUAUUUAUUUGUUCGAGUCAAAAAUGGAUUAAUGAUCAUCAUCAGGAUGAAAUCCAUCUGAAUAUAAUUGAAUCGAUACGUAAUUUCUUUGCAUAUCAUUGUUUAAAUAUGUUAUUACCAUUAUUUAUAAUUAUAAGUGAUAUGUUUGAUCAGGAUAAACCAAUGUUUAUUGAAUUGAUACAUAGUUUAUCAAAAGUUUUACUGUGUAUCGAUCAAGAAACAAUACAAGAUAUUGCCAUGUUGGAAUUAAAUCAAUCAUUAUUAAUGUAUAAUGAUGAUAGUUUAGUUGAAAAACGUAUGAAAUGUUUAAUUGAUCAAUUAUCAACAUCGACAACAACAGAAAAUGAAUCAAAAUUACAAUUGAAUUAUCUUCAAACUGAUAAUGGUUAUUAUAAUUUUAUUAUUGAACAUAUAACACCAUUAUUAAUGAAAAAUGAUCAGGAUAUAAUAUUUACUGCAUAUCAUUUAGUUAGUUUGGCUUGUCAAUCAGCAAAUUGGUCAUCAUCAUCAUCAAAAAUUAUUAAUGUUGAAAAUCAGAAUGAAUCAUUGAAUGAAGUUACCGAUAUUACCUUAUCACAAUUAACAUCUUUGAAUCAAGAUAAUGAUGAUAACGGUGAUGAUGAUGAUGACAGAUAUUAUCCACCAAAAAUUCUAAUGGCAUUAUUAGAAUCAUUAUUUUCAACAAUCAAUAUUGAUGAUCUACAAUCAUCAACAACAACAACAUUUCAAGCCUAUCUACUUAUAUGGACUAUUUAUCUACGUUUAUUACAAAAAUUUCCAUUGAAAAAUUAUAAUCAGAAUAAUAAUAAUAAUGAUGAUAUUCGUUCGGAUUUGAUAAAUUAUCUGGUCGAAUCAAAUUUAUAUAAUGAAUUUUUCAAAAAUUUAUUUCUAUUAAUGAAUGAUUCUUUGGAUUGGAAUGAUGUGGAUCGUAAUUAUUUACAAUCGAUUAUGCAAUCAAUCACUAUUGAUGAUGAGCAGCAACAAGUCACCAAUUUAAACUACAACCAAUUGGAUUGUCUGGAGGAUUCAAAUCGAUUAUUACGAUUAAUCAAUGGAUCAAAAUAUCAAUCAAAUCGAAAUUGUCGUUUAGCAAUAUUUGUUUAUUAUCAAUCACUUUGUCAUAUGGCUAAUUUGAUUCGUUCAUGGUUUAAUUCAUUAAAACAUCAACAAAAAGAAACAGUUGAUUAUGUAACCAGACGAUAUUUUAGUCCAUUAUUAAUGGAAAAAGAAUUGGAACAAAUCCGAAUGGUUGAUCAAACGAAAUUGGGAAAUAUUCAAAUUAGAUUUAGUCGAAAAUUACAUGAAAUAUCGGCAAUUUAUUCGCUGAAAGAAAUAAGUUUUGGUAUUAGAUUUACAUUCGAUACAAAUUAUCCAUUAACAACAUUAUCAAUACAAUGUUUUGAUAAAAGUGGUGUUAGUGAAGAUGUUUGCCGUAAAUGGUUACAACGUUUAACAAUAUUUUUCAAUCGAAUGAAUUGUUCCAUUCUGGAUGGUAUUAUUAUGAUAAAACCUACAAUGGAUAAAUUAUUUUCAAGUAUGGAAGAAUGUAUGAUUUGUUUAUAUGUAUUGUAUGGUUUGAAUGCACAAUUACCACGUUUUAAAUGUCCACAAUGUAAGAAAAAAUUUCAUACAACUUGUAUGCGAAAAUGGUUUCAAACACAUCAUAGUGCUACUUGUCCACAAUGUAAAUUUGAAUUUCAAUAAUGAUUGAUUGAUACUGAUUAUGAUUAUGAUGAUAAAAAUGUUUUUUUUUGUCAAAUAAAAUUUUAUUUUUCUUUUAAAA